GCAAAUGACCAAAAGUCCAAAUGUAAAGCAACAGAUGUGAAGAUGUGGAACCAAGGCUGCGCCUUGUUUGGUGAACUUUCUUUUCCUUUUCUCUGAGAAAAUGUGUGGUUACGAGUAGAGCAACCUUCCCGCAAGCAACCCCCACCCUCCCAGUUUCAUAGCACGAUUUCUCUCUUUUCUAAGCAUUUCCCCCCUCUUCUUCUUCCUUUUUGAUACCGGAAUUUACUCUACCCAAUAUCAUGGCUCUAUCUUUGAGUCCAUGUCUCCCUCACACUACUUAUCUGUCUAAGGCACUUUCCACCUCAAAACUAACAACCAUUAGCGUAAGUUUCAACAACCCAUUACUUGGUUUUAAACCAGUGAAGUUGAGAAACAACCAGGUGAGAUGCCAUGCAGUGACUGAUUUGAAGAGUGCAUCUUCUCUGGAUCAGAGCAAAGGAGAAGGUGAUGAUCGUGGUGAGGAGGAAAGCAAAGGGGAUAGGAUCGUGGCGGAUUAUAAUUGGACUGAGGAGUGGUACCCACUUUACCUCACCAAGGAUGUACCUGAUGAUGCUCCUCUUGGUCUCACUGUGUUUGACCAGCAGCUCGUCUUGUAUAAAGAUGGCAACGGGGUGCUUCACUGUUAUCAAGAUCGAUGCCCCCACAGGUUAGCCAAGCUAUCUGAAGGUCAAUUGAUCGAUGGUAGACUUGAAUGCCUGUACCAUGGUUGGCAAUUUGAAGGCAAUGGAAAAUGUGUCAAGAUACCUCAGAUUCCAGCUGAUGCCAAAAUUCCUCGUUCAGUUUGCGUUAAGACAUAUGAUGUGAAAGAGUCCCAAGGAGUUGUAUGGGUAUGGAUGUCACAGACGACUCCACCAAACCCUGAAAAACUACCAUGGUUCGAGAACUUCGCCAGACCAGGGUUUCAAGACACUUCAACUAUCCAUGAACUUCCAUACGACCACUCCAUUCUCCUUGAGAACCUCAUGGAUCCUGCACAUAUCCCUAUCUCUCAUGAUAGAACUGAUUGGACUGCCAAAAGGGAAGAUGCUCAGGCGCUUCUGUUUGAGGUAACAGAACGUACGGAUAGAGGAUUCGCUGGCUGGUGGGGUAAAGAAAAAGAUGGAUCCAUGCCCAACUUCUUACGCUUUGAUGCACCAUGUGUUCUUCAGAAUAACAGAGAACUGGUUGAUAAAGAUGGAGAAAAACACUACUUUACAGGUCUCUUCCUUUGCAGACCAACUGGACAAGGGAAAUCUAUGCUUAUUGUUAGGUUUGGAGGAACCAAAAGAUCUCCAUUGGCGAAGCUAUUCCCUAAAUGGUAUUUCCAUCAGAAUGCAAGCAAGGUCUUCGAGCAAGAUAUGGGAUUUUUGUCAUCCCAGAAUGAGGUACUCAUGAAAGAAAAGGUUCCCACAAAAGAGUUGUACAUUAAUUUAAAGUCCUCGGAUACAUGGGUUGCUGAAUACAGGAAGUGGAUGGAUAAAGUUGGGCAUGGAAUGCCUUACUAUUUUGGUCACAGCACCUUAUCUCCACCGAAACUACCUGCAGUGGUAGAACAUGCACCGGCAGGACUCAUUGCUGGAGUUUCGGCAUCUUCACCAGCUAAAGGUGGGAUUGGAACAAUGCAUGCUCCCAAUUUGGCUAACCGAUAUUUCCGCCAUGUGAUCCAUUGCAAGGGUUGCAGUAGUGUAGUCAAAGCUUUUACAGCUUGGAAAAAGGGGCUUAGUGCAGCAGCUCCAGUGCUUACUGCAUUAGCAAUUCUAGCAUCCAGCAGACAGUGGAAGGCCUUUCUUGUUCUAUCGGCAACAUUGUGCUUGGGUGGAGCCUAUGCAUGCUCCACUGCAGUCGCAAUGAACACAACAAACUUCAUAAGAGUACAUAGGAGAUUGUAAUUUUGAAACCAGCGAAUACCAUCUCAUAUGAAUCAUUUCCCUCUUAUUUUCAUAGACAAAA